AUGAAAGUUAUUUUGUGUGUGCUUUCAAUUCUACUCUCAGCUUCUGCUCGAAAGGGCUUCGGCCCUAGCGACCAAAACUGGGGCUUUGUAACUGUCCGUCAAGGAGCUCAUAUUUUCUGGUGGCUUCAUCGAACUCUUGCGACUGAAAAUUACACAGAAAAGCCUCUUAUUAUUUGGUUGCAAGGAGGACCCGGAGCUUCGUCCACUGGAUUUGGGAAUUUCGCCGAAAUUGGGCCUUUUGACGCCGAUCUUAAUCCGCGAAACACCACAUGGAUUAAUAAUUACAAUGUCCUGUUUGUGGAUAAUCCUGUAGGAACAGGAUACAGUCAUGUGGAUUCUAGCACAUAUUUAGCAACCAAUAAUAAACAAAUUGCUCAAGAUUUUAUUGAAUUGUUAAAAGGCUUUUAUGAAGUUUUACCUGAGCUAAGAGAUACUCCUGUCUAUAUUUUUUCGGAAUCUUAUGGAGGGAAAAUGGCCGCAGAAAUUGCGCUUCUCGUUGACAAACAAAUUAAAGAGGGUUUCCUCGACAUGGAAUUGGCAGGAGUUGGGCUUGGUGAUGCCUGGAUUUCGCCAAUAGAUCUGGUGUUAUCUUGGGCUUCCUAUUUACUCCACGUGGGUGCUGUCGAUCACAAUGGUUACAAACAAAUUCAAGAUAUGGCACAAUUGACUAAAUCAGCCCUCGAUCGUGGCCAUUUUAUUGAAGCCACACAACUCUGGGCUGAAACUGAGGGGACAAUCGCUCUCCUGACUGAAAAUAUUGAUUUUUAUAAUAUUCUGACUAAAGUGUCAUCAAUAUGGAAAGCUCGAAAUGUAAUAAAACCAGCAACUCGUGAUUAUCUUGAUGAUAAAAUUGCAUUGCUUAUGAACACUCAAGUAAGGGAAGCUUUAGACUUGAAUGUGACGUGGGGUGACCAAGCAGGGGCUGUUUUUAGUGCUCUUGUGGGAGAUUUUAUGAAACCUGUCACAGAUAUUGUUGAACUAUUAUUAAAUACGACUGAUAUUAAAGUUGCUGUGUACAAUGGACAAUUAGACUUGAUUGUGGACACUCCUGGGACUGUCAAAUGGGUCGAUGAAUUGAAAUUUGAAGGUUCAGAAGAGUGGAAAAAUGUCGAAAGAAAAGGGAUUCUUUCAAACGGGAUACUUGAAGGAUAUUACAAAAAAUUAGGAAAUUUUGCGAUGUACUGGGUGAAUAGAGCUGGUCACAUGGUUCCUUUGGAUAAUCCUGACGCCAUGAAUUUUAUUCUAGAAGACAUGGUUGGAACGUUACAAUAAAUUGUAUCAGUUUUGUCUUUGAGUAAAAAGUUACCUAAACAAGAA